AUGAAUCCAGAUGAAGAAAUAAGUCUUGAUAGUUUUUUUCAAAUGGCUGGAAUGGAUUCAUCUCAAUUAGAAGCAUUAUGUUGCCCAAUAUCAUCAACACCAGCAUGUACACCAGAUGAUGUACAUAUUUCUUUGGCUGAGAAAAAUUCUCCAUUUACGCAUCAAAUUCAAUUAACUGAUACAGAAGAAACGAUUAAUCAUAUAAAAGCACGUUAUGAAGCAGAAAUAGCAAAUUAUAAAAAAAAAUUAUCCAGUUAUCAAGAUGGACAACAAAAGCAAGCUCAGCUUAUACAAAAAUUACAAGCAAAAGUAAUGCAGUAUAAAAAAAGCAGCUCAGAUUUGGAACUUGAGGUUGAACAACUAAAAGCUGAACUUGAAACAUCAAAUAAAGUGCUUCAAACCACCACAGAAACUUUAAAUUCUCGUAUUGAUGUAGCUGAGACAAAAGCAAGAGCUCUUGAACAAGAACGUUCUUAUGAUAUGGAAAAUACUGUAAAUAAAUUACAUGAAGAACAACAAAGAUCUAACGAAUUAUCUAGAGAAAAUGAAUUAUUACGUGAUCAAUUAGAACAAGCAAUACAAGCUAAUCAAGGUUUAAGUCAAGAUGUUGCACGUUUAACAUUAGCCUGGAGACAUGCAGCUCAACAAUUAGAUAAACGUGAAUCAGAAUGGCGUGAAGAAGAAAGUGCAUUUAAUGAUUAUUUUGCUGCUGAACAUAGUCGUUUAUUAUCUUUAUGGAGAGCUGUUGUUGCUCUUCGACGUCAAUUUGCUGAUUUAAGACAACAAACUGAUAAAGAUUUAACAAAUACCCGUACAGAAUUUACUCGUUACAUAGGGAACAUUCAAUCAGCAUGUAAUAAUUUGGAAGCAAAUAUACGCACAGCUGAAGCACAGAAUCAAGCUAGUCAAGUAAAAACAUCUAGCUUCAUUGAAGCAGAUAUGGCAAAUCGUAUACAAGGUUUGACUGAAUCUUUGGCACGUAGUCAAGCACGUUUGGCCGAAACAGAAACGAAGCUUACUGAUGUUAUGACUGCAAAAGAACGGCUUGCCACUCAGCUUGCUGAAAGAGAUCGAAUACUCACUACAAUGAAACAAUUACAUUCAAAUUUUGACAUAGAUUCACCAUUAAUUAAAAAUUCCAAAUCCUAUAAACGUGGUAAACGUUUGCAUGAUGUGCUGGAUAGUACAACAGCUGAUAUUAAUAAACAUAAUGAUGAUUUAUUAGAAUUCGAAGACGAAGAUGAUCAUUUGAAAGCAACUAAACGUUUAAUUGAACAUACCCAUGUUAUGCAUCAUGCAUUAAGUCAAAUAGCCCAGUUAAUCAUUUGGGAUGCAACGAUUGCUGAUACAGAUGAAGCACAAGAACCUAUUCUCAAUCUACAAAAUCCUGACUGGUCUUCUACACGUAUCAUUCCAUAUUCAAUAGAAUCAAAACAACCAGUUUCUGAUUUGUCACCAAACAGUAAAGUAAAAAAUGAAGAAAGUGAUAUAAAUCAACAAGGAAAUAAAAUUUAUUACAUUAAACCAGAAGAUAUUUCAUCAUUACGCCGGCUUGCACAUUCAAAAUAUCAAGCUGGUUCAAGUUUACAUUUAGCUGAAUCAACAGUUAAUGCUGUGCAAAGUGCCUUAAAUAGACGUGCUACUCAUGUUCAUCGUCUUAGACUUCGAAGUUCUGGACUGAAAGAGCAAUUAAAUAAUCUUACACGUCGCGGCGAAGAGUCAGAUGUGGAAAGAAAACGUCUGUCUGAACAGUUGGCACGGUUAAGAGAAGAAUUAGAAGUACAAAGUUUGGAAGUGGAUAAAUUAUCUAGAGAAAGAGAUAGAAUUAAACAAAGUUUAAGUUUAACCAAAGAGGAGCAUGAAAUGAGUGAAUCAGCAAGACAAAAUCUAAAUGAACAUGUACGGGAAAUUGAAAGUGAAUUAGAUCGCCUUAAAACAUCUUUGCAUGAUAUGCGAAAACAACGCGAUGAAGCAAUCUCAGAACGUGAUAAUUUACAAACUGAACAAGGUCGUACACUUCGUGAAUUAGAUGCUAUACAAAAAACAUUAGGUAGUACAGAACAACGUGCUGUAAACUUUCGAGAAGAAUUGGCUACAAUUCGUGAACAGUUAAGACGUGUUGAAUUAGAAAAAGAAAUAUUAGACCAGGAGAAAAAUGACGCAAUUACAGCGGCUGGUAAAAUUCAAGCUAAAAUUGACGAAUUAAAUGAAGACCUCAACCAAGCGCAUAAUAGAGAAAACCAGUAUAAAUCAAGAAUCGCUAGACUAGAAACAGUCCUUGAGUCACAAGAGCAUGAUGCUGAGCAAUUAACCCAUCAAAUCUCUUUAACACAUGCUAAAGAAUCUCGUUUAGCCGAAGAAAGAGCCAAUCUUCGGGUAGAAUUACAAGAACAAAGAGAUGAAAUAGAAAAAUUAUAUUCUGAAAAAUCCUUAACACAAUCUGAAUUAGAACAAGCACGAGAAUCUACAAUGCGCGCCGAGACAGCUAGAUCACGACUAGAAGCUGAAUUGGGAGACUUGGCUCGAGAAAGGAUGACACUUACAGAAUCAUUAUCUGAGGCUCAGAGACAAAAAGCAUCUUUAAUGGAAGAUGUAUCAACUUUCCGCAGAGAUUCUGAACGUCAGGAAGCCUUAAUCAUGAGACUAACAAACGAAAAAGAAGCUAUAUCAAGACAUAAAGCAGAAUUACUUCUUCAGUUAUCAAUUAUUGAACGAGAUAAUCGACAUCUUACAGAAAUAAUUAAUACAUUGAAAUCAGAGAAAGAAAACUUAGAAUCUAGUUUAUUUGAUAUGCAACAAACAAUUGAACAAUUAUAUUAUAAACAAUCUCAAUUAGAAAGAGAUGUGUCAGAUUUAAAAAAUCGUCGAGAUGAAUUACAAGCUGAACUAUGUCGUGCUCAUAGUAAUUUUCAAAUUGAACUAGAAAAAUCUGAACGUAAUAGUAAAAAAGUAGGUGAUCAACUGACAAAUGAAUUAGAAGAUUUACGUAUAGCAUUAAUAAAUGCUGAAAAACGUGCUGAAGAAGCUGAAAAGGCAUGUUUACAAGCUGUGGAAAGAGCAGAUCAAGCAGUAAAUCUUAUUGAUAAACAACAGCAUGUGGAUGUGGAACAAUUAGUUAAUAGAGAAUAUGAAUUACGUAGUUCUGCUGAAGAAAUGAAUAGACUUACUAAAGAAUUAUUAACUGCUCAAAGGGAAAGAGAUGAAGCUCGUUUACUUGCAGAACGAGAACGUCAACGUGAACUAUCCAGAGCAACGGAAGAAAAAGUUGGCCUUCAAGAGAAAGUUAAUGCUUUACAAGAAACUAUUACUGAAUUACAGAUCACACUAGAGAGAACACAAAAGGAUGCAAGUGUUCGAGAAGAUCGCGAGAGGUCGGCAUUGAGAAAAGCUACUGAAGAGGUUAGGAGCUUUAGAAAUCAAUUGCAAGAAGCAUGUUCUGAACAUGAAAGAGAAAACCGGGAAUUACGAAUGCGUAUACACAGUCUUGAAAGUCAAAAAGAUCAGUGGACAAAAGAAGUUAGUGAACUUCAAAUAAAAAUUCGUUUGGCUGAAGAGGUUCAAGAUACUAAUCGUACAGAAUUAGUAGAUAGUACAUACCGUAUUCGUGCUUUGGAAGAAAUAAAUGAUUCUUCAAGAAGAGAAUGCAGUGAACUAAGUCAAAAACUUGGUGAAUUGGAACGUGAGAAAAAUGCUAUAAAUCGUUCUAAUGAAGAAUUAAGAAAACAAUUGAAAUGUGUUGAAUUAGAACGUGUCGAUUUAGUUCGUAUGACUAAUUCACUAAAAUCUAAACUACAAGGCACUGAAAUGGAUCGAACAAGUUCAGAGAAACGUGUAGCUGACCUACAAGUUGGUUUGAAAGAAGCUACAAGUUUAGCAAAUGAAAGUAAACGUGAAAUUGUGGAAUUACGCGGUAAAUUACAAAGAGUUGAAUCCGAAAAUGUGAAAUUAACUGAAGAAAUCGAAGAGUUGAAAGCUCGAUUAAGAGAAAGCGUGAAUCAAGAAGAAAGUUUAAAACGUGAGAAAGUUUCACUAAAACAAAAAUUAAUGGAAAUUGAAUCAGCGAAAUCGACAUUGCAAUCUGAAUUAACUGAUUUAAAUCAUCAAAUGUCUGAACUAGAAGAAAUACUUCGUUCAAGAGAAAGAACAGCAAAUCAAGCUGCAGAAGAUUGGCAAAAAGAUUAUCAACGUUUAGUUGAAUCAAGGAAGAGCUUACAGUCGAAAUUGGACAAUUCAAAUAUAGUUAUCAGUGAACUUCGAACAUUACUAGCUGAAUCACAAACUUGUAUUAAAGGAUUAGAAUCAGAAUUGAAUGAAACAUUGACUACACGUCAAGAAGCUGAGGCACGUUUAUCAGCAAUACAUAGUAUAUUAAGACGUUUAAUUGGUUUCCGUCAAUCUCAAUAUACUACUCAAUUACAAAAUGUGAAUAAGCAACAACAAAGACAACAAUUGAAUGAUAAUUUCGACUCGAGUUUAGCUGAACACAUAGAUGAACUGGACAAAUCACAUGAUGUUAAUUCACAAUGGGAUUAUGAUGGUUAUAUGAAGAAUACUUCUGGAAUAGAUUCAUUUGAACAGCAAAUCGAUGGUUUUAAUGAUUCAGAUUCUAAAAAAUUAAAAAUGAUGGCUGAAAAAGUAUUAAGUAGUCAACAAGACAUAAAACCUGAAGUAUUGUAUACAUUUAGAAGUGAACAAUUCCCAAAACCACGUGUCCGUGGUCGACGCCGAUAUGAAGCUUAUACUAAUUCCGAUCCAGAAUACACCCGACAAAAAUCUUUAAGACGCGCUAAAUCGGCUUCACCAACAAGAGUAAACAGGUACGAUGGAUUCGCCCUACGAUCAACAUCUACUGAAAGAGCUGAUCAACAGAGAUUAAUUGAUAGUACAUUUUAUUCAGGUGAUGAAAAUGGAUUAUUAUUCCAUCCUGAUUAUCUAACACAUUUAUCUGAUUGGUCUUACAAAUGGUUAGAUACUAUACGUUAUCAUAUGAACAGUUAUAGAACACAUGCUUUGCCAGGCUCCAAUUUAGAUCCAGGUGCUGUACGUUUAGCAUUAAGACGAUUUUUACGUCAUCUUGUAAAAAUUGAACGUGAACGAGAUGAUUUUGAUAUAAAAGCAAAAUUGAAUGAAGAAAAAGUUGUAGAAUACAGUCGACAAUUAAAUGAACGUGAAGAACAACUGAAUGAAAUGAAAACAAAUGUUAAUGAUAUGGAAAAAGGAAAAUUAGAAAUUAUGGAACAGUUGAAUAAAAUGAAAAAUACAAUUACAGAACAUGAAAAUGAAAUGUCCAAACGUGAAUAUCAAUAUACAACAUUACAUAAUCAAAUCAAAUGUUUAGAACAACAAUUAAGUACAUGUGAAGCUGAGAAAAAUCAAUUACAGAUACGUCUAGAAAAGUCUAGAGCUGCAGAAAUUAAGUUAGAAGAAAAUAGACGAGAAUUAUUGCAUUCACUAGAGGAAGCAGAAACACGUUAUACACAAGCUGAAAUCGUUCGACGUCAACUGGAAGGUGAACUUCAACGGUGUCAAACUAUACUAAGUGAAUUAGAAAGUGAUAAAGAGAAUUUACAAUCCCGUUUAAAUGUGAGUGGACGUCAAGGUACCGAAAUGGAAAUGAAAAUAUACAAUCUUCAAAUCGAAUUAGAAAGAGCUACAAAUGCCUUAGAUCAAACAACUUUGUGUGUAGCUGAGUUACGUGAUCAACUAACACGCGAAAAACUGGCUUAUGCAAAUUUACAACAAGAAUUAACUAGAACACAAGAACACAUGGAAGCAUCACAGAAACGCGAACUGAAUGCAGAACAAGAAAAACGCUUAUUACAGGAACGUUUAGAUAACAAUAAGAACUUGUUAAAUGAUACUAAAGUUCAAUUACAUGAAAUGAUGGAACGUGUACAAAAACUACAAAUGGAAACGACAGAUGCAGCUGCUAAACGUUCUGAAGUAGAAAUACAGCUAAAACAAUUAGAAAGAUUGUCAACAGAAUGUCAACAUACUAAUAAUGAAUUGCAAAUGAAGAUCAAUAAUAUACAGGUUGAAAAUGCUAAUCUAACUGAAAAAAAUGCCAACUUAUUAAGAAGUAUGAAUGAUGCCGGAAUACAAAAACAUGAAAUCGAUUGUGAAUUAACACGAGUAAGAAAAGAACAAAUUCAAUGGAAGAAAAUGGCAGAAAAAAUGGAAAGAGAACGUACAAAAGAACAAGAAUUAAAUAAUACAUUACGUAAUGAAAAUUCCGUAUUGAUGACAACUAUUCGUGGACUUGAAGAAGAAACAUUAAAUUUACGUCGAGAAAUACAAAAACUUCAAGUACAUAUGGCUCAACAAGACGAACAGUAUGCAGCUCAAUUAAUCGAAGUCAAUACAAAACAGCGUCAAGAAUUAGAAAAUGAGUUAGAUCGACAAAGAAACGCUCUAAAUGAUACACAAAAAACAUUACAACUCAAAGAACGUAGCUAUAAACAACGUAUACGUGGACUUGAAGACCAGAUUCAACAACUCAAAGAUCAACUAACUCAUGAAACAAGUAAACGUCAAUUACUUUACUUAAAGAAUCCAUCUUCUGUUAACCAAAGUCAGCCAAGUUUAACAAGUUAUGGAAGUUCAGUAACUACAACAGGAUAUGAUUAUACUGAAAUGAAAUCUUCAAUAGAUAAUAAUCGUCAACAGGUAAGAGGAAAACAGAAAAAUCUAUAUUAUAUUAAUCAUGCAUAUGAACGAACAAUUAUUGAGACUAGGAAUCAAUUAAAAUGAUCUAGAUAUACCUUAAGACAUUUUUAAAUUGAUAAGGUCAUCCAUACAGUUAAGGAUUUCAGUCAGCUGUAAAUAGCUUACAACUUCCAAGUUAACGUAAUUAGAUAAAAAGGAAUGUAACUGUUGUUAAACAAUCAUUCUAACAAAUAAUAUCACUCAGAAAAACGUGAUUCCCAGGCUACUGUAUAGUCGAUAUCAUUCAAAAUUUUAAGUUCCACAAACUUGUGGAGAACAACAUUUAGUUAAAUGAAUAAUAAAAAAGACGUUCCAGUUUAAAGAAGCGAACAAAAAUAUUAAAUUAGCGUAGACACAAAGGGAAUCCGAGGGCAAGAACUUAUCCGUCUCAUCCUGGACGAAACUAAGACCAAAGUAGAUGUACAAUCACCAGAGAUAAGCAUUGUUAAAAAGCCUCAAGUUCAAAAUCACGUACAAGAACUCUACCAAAACUAAGAUUUCGAUAAUUACAUUUUUAAAUUAAUUAAUGGUACUGAGGAGAAAAUGAAACUGUAAAGUAUAAAUUCAUUUCACACGUGAUCACAUUCAAUACUAAAUUAUACUUUUAUAAUUUAUAGGAUUCAUUCUUGGUGGGACUGUACAAGCCAACUACUGCACCAUCUAGAUAUGACCCAUACUACUACCAACUAACAGGCUCAAUACCUGCUAGACUGAACCGAUCAACGGGAUCAAAUUUAUUAAUAAAACCAAGAAGAUCAUUUAUUGAAUCAAGACCAUAUCAAUCAACGACAAAAAUAGAUAAAACAAACCCCUCGACCCAACAUCAUAGUGAUGAAAGAAAUAGACAACGUCCUGAAGAAAAUAUCACAACAAAUACAGAUAUUAGUCCGUUGGAGCAAUCUUCCCUACCUAGAACACCGAUUGCUGCUAGUCGUUCUACAUGGCAUGAGUCAAGAGAUAGUACAGCUACAAUAAACCGGAGUACAAGUGAUUCUACAAUACGUCCAAGAGAAGAUAAAUCAAAAGGUGUCAACUAAGAGUAGUAGUAUCUGUAAUAUUUUGAGCCUAUAAAUUAUCAUUAUUUGAAAAAAAAAACAAAUCAAUUUCCUAUAUUAAAUUGGCCCGAAUACGAUAUGUGAAAUUAAUUGUUAAGUAUCCCUACUAUGUCUUUUAACUAAUUUAAUCAUUAUGAAACAAUCACUAUAAUGUGCACUAAAACCCUUUUUUAUCCCAUCAGUACUACUACCAUUAAUUUUACUAACAUCUUUUCACCUUUUAAAGCUAAAUUGAUAUCGUUUUUGACAAAUAUAAACUCAAAGAGGAAGUAAUAGUGCAAAUAUAAUAAUUAUUACUUCUGUUAUUACUGUUAAUCUACGAAAAGUAUAUUUCACUAUUACGACACACGUUUAUGCACACAUUGCUUACAUCAGUGUGAAUAAAUUUAGUAAAUUGUAAACCAUAUUAAAUCACAUCACUUUGUAAUAUACCUUAAUCAGCUGAUCCAAUCCUGUCUUAAUAAAUUCUCUUAUAUUCAUACUUUCACUUCUAGUAAAUCAUAAAUUAUUCUAGUCUGAUUAUCAAUAUGCAAGUAAAAAAUGUUACCCCUAUACGGGAAGAAUAACUACACAAUAUCCAGUUGGCCCCCCUCCUAUGUCCUGUGUUUUCGCCCUUAAUUCUCCAAUUCCUCUUCUUCUUGUGGAACACGAACUGAGUUCAGCUCAUAUCCGCUACACGAACGUGUACAAAUGUGAAAUUACGAUUACUGAAAAAUCGUUGUACGAUACCUAUUUGUUCAGAGCUUUUUCUAAUAUUUGCCUAGUCAUUAUUUGGAAUUUGUUUUGAAAAUUCAUUAAAACACAAAAUCGUUUGAUCAAAUCUUGUUUUUUUUAAUAUUCGAUUACCAAACAAGAGUC